CACCAAUAACUGUACCAUUAAUACUGAUCAUCAAUUCGAUCCUAUUGUUUACAUUCAAUGAAUCCUAACAGUGAUGUAUAUAAUGGACCAUGGUCAUAUAUAUGGUAGUGCAUAUUAAUAUUACAGUUAGUCAUAGUAAUUGUGAUCGUGGUCAGUGUGGUGAUUGCGGUCAUGUGAUUAAUGGUUGGGUGUGUUGAGUGAGCAGAUGGUGGUGUUGUGUGGACUCAUGUCUUGGGCCGUACGCCAGGUAUGGGUGCAGACAAUGUAUUCUGUGGUGAAAGGGUUGGUCCGACUGUUACGCAAGCGGAUAGUGUUGGCCAUCAUCUUCAGCCUGUCGUUCACCUACUGUUUGGUGUCUCUGUUGAGCCACAAGAGCGGCACUGGGGGUGCAAUGGAUGGCACUGUCGAGGACUACGAGACGAAUGUAGACAUCGAUCACUUGCAGCAUAUGAUCAGACAAUCGCAACAUUUGAGCCAAACUUUCAUUAAACACAACGAAUCGCUUGAUUUGAAUGGAAAUGCGGCCAAAGAGUUGAGUGCCGGACACCUGGAUGUGAACAGUGAUGACAGUAAGGGUGUAGUGAUUGGUGGCAAUGGGGGCACAAAUGGAGGCAUUGGUGGUGAUGUGAAGUGUCGCAACUCGAUUCAGGGCAAAGUGCUGAUCGCUGACGACCGGGGAAUGGUAUGUCACCGGAAGGACGUGCUGUUGAGUGGUUGCUGUGAUGAGCACUCCGUCAAUAGUAGGCUCUUCUCCUGCGAGACCUGUCAGGGGAACGGGUGUUGUGCGAUAUACGAGUACUGCAUAUCGUGUUGUCUGGAACCGUCCAAAAAGCCAUUACUCACGAGAAUUGUGGGGCAGAAGACUAGCGACACGUUAAGCAUAUUGAUGGCCAGUAUUACCGACCACUUCGAGCUGUGUCUGACCAGAUGUCGCACCAGUUCCGCGUCAGUACAGCACGAGAACUCCUAUCGCGACCCCAAAGCCAAACACUGUUACGGAGACACAGAUGACGACAAGACUGUUUGACACCAUUUCAGUCCAUUCUUAUUAUAUUAUGGUUUACUAUAACUAUAACCACACAAAUCAUGUGGACAUGGAGUUACAGUGUAUGUACUGCUGUAUUACGGGUCAUCUCUUAAUAGAGUAUCCAUUUAUCAAAUGUUCAUUAUUUGCUUUCAUAAUAACAUUCAAAUACGAGAAUAUGUGUCAAACGGAUAUAAACCGGGGGUUUGUUUGUUAAGAAGACAGUACGGCAUCCAAUUCACGUUAGGAGGAGAUGGGAGGGCA